GGCGGUGGGGCUAUUUUCUGUAAAAGAGUUUUUUUUAUUUUCGUUUUAAGUUACACUUUGCUUUUUAAUUUUUAUUUUACUCUUUAAAAGUUUUUUUUUUUUUCUUCCUUUUAUUUAUCGCCAGUAAGGAACGAAAACGCGUUUUUCCCCUUGCGAGUGGUACGCCCCUUUUUUCGCCACAUAAAGUUGUUCUUCCUCACCAAAGGGGGAAGGAAAAAUAAACGUAAAAAAAAGGGAGAUCGGUUGAUUUGCCGCCGCGCGCCAGUUGUAACGCAGUGUAUGCUGUAUAGUAUAUAGUACAUACCGCAUACAGUUUGGCCUUACCUACAUCGUUACGCUUUGUCAAUCGAAGAGGAGCGAACCAUUCCUCCCCCGCAGCUGAGUUAAGAGUUACUCACACAAUGGCGAAGGAUAAAAAGCAACUUAAGAAACCCUCGAAGAAAACGCCAGCGCCCUGCCCGCUGAGCAACAAAAAAACCGUGAAGAAGGACAUAAAGAAGGAAAGGAAAAAGGGAAUUCGAAGCAACCCACUCAUCUUCGAGAAAAAGAAGAAGAGUAACAUAAUCGGUGUGGGUGUCCGUGCCAAGAGGGACCUAUCCAAGUAUGUCAAGUGGCCCAAGUACAUUCGCAUCCAGAGGAAGAAGAAGAUUCUUUUGGAGAGGCUGAAGGUCCCCCCCUCCAUUAACCAGUUCAACCACACGCUGUCGAAGAGCCAGACCCAAGAUCUGGUGAACUUCCUCAAGGGGUACAAGCCAGAGUCCAAGGCGGAAAAGAAAAAGAGGCUUCUGAACAAAGCCAAGGAUGCACUGAACAAGGUGGCUUCAAGAGACAAAAAGCCGAUGAUGAUAAAAUACGGCAUUAACCACAUCACCAAGUUGGUGGAGAGAAAGAAGGCCAACCUUGUGGUGAUUGCCAACGAUGUGUGCCCAAUCGAAUUGGUACUCUUCCUUCCCACCUUAUGUCGACUGAAGGACAUUCCCUACUGCAUUGUGAAGGACAAAGCGACUCUGGGAAGACUCGUUCAUAAGAAAACAGCCACAGCCAUUUGUGUGCAGAAUGUUUUGAAAGAGGACCAGGAGAAAUUGGACUACUUUGCAAAAAUAUGCAGAGAGAAUUUCAACGACAAUGUGGAUAUUAGAAGAAAGUGGGGAGGCCAGAAAAUGAGCGCCAAGUCCAUGAUGCUGAAGAAGCUCAAGGACAAGGCGAGGAAGAUCGAGGAGGCCAAGAAGAAGGAAAUCUCCGCCAAGCUGUGAGGUAAGCAAAUGGAAGAGCGCUGAUACGCUGAUGAACAAGAGGGAAGUGAGAGAGGAGCGCACACGAGAAACUACCACGGGAGAAGCUACAACACGCUUACAUAAACCGUGUAGUCCCAUUUGGUGUAAGUGGGACCGCUCGAGUAUGGAAUAAUUUCCCCCCCAUUUCCGCUAUGCUGAUACUUUUUGGUUGACUAGCUAAAAAACCGUGUGCAGAUUUUUUUUUUUUUUUUUUUUCUCAACCGUUUGGCAAUUAUUUACCUGAACAGUCAGGCAAAUUGGGUGUCCUCCCAAACGGCGGGGAAAAAAAGGAAAAAAAAAGAUGGCAAAAAAGAGGUGGCAAAAAAGGGAAAGCAAAACAGAGGAGCCUUAAGACAAGUUCCAGCGGAUCCGCAGGGUGGCACGCGCACAA